CUGCCGUUCGAUUUUUGCAUCGAAUACCGGCAAUUUUUGCUUAAGUUUUUCAUUAAAAGUUAGGAGCCGCAAACAUAAUCCUCUCUCCCUCCUUACGUCAUCAGCCCGCGACUUGCGAAAUCUAGGAAAUGUCAUUACUCAGAGCGCUCGGAAGUGAACUGUUUGCCGCGUACCGCCAGGGACUGACCUCAGGAACGUCGCUCCGCUCGUUUGCCGUGUCCUCGCUUCGAGCCUCCACAGAAAAGGAAGCAGUCGAGGAAGAUCCCGCGGCCGAAGGGGAAGCCAAGAGUGCCGCCCCGGUUGACGACCCGAAGGAUCGCACCCGGGUGAUUCCGGUGGAGACGAGCAUCCGGUAUCUGGCUAGCGAGGCCUACCAGCAGACUUACCAGGGCGAGCCGGUGUGGAAGAAUUACAGGCGGAACCACAAGGGGCUGUACCCGCCGAAGCAGACGCGCAAGACGUGCGUGCGGAAGGGCAAGCUUUCGACGGGGAAUCCGUGUCCGGUGUGCCGGGACGAGUACCUGGUGCUGGACCACCAGAACGUGGAGCUGCUGAAGCAGUUUGUGUCGCCGCAGACGGGCAAGGUGCUGAGCUACUCGAUAACGGGGCUGUGCCAGCGGAAGCAGCUGGAGUUGAAGGUGGCGAUCGACCGGGCCAUGGACUACGGGUUGAUUACGUUUGACGUGCCGUUCCGGGACUACGAUUACGCCGAGUACUACGCGGAGAGGAAGCAGUGA